CCACAAAAUAGUGCAGUCUGGCCACACCCUGUCCUUCCCCUGGAUUGCUCCAACAUGCCUCCUAUAGCAGGUGCUGGGUCAGGGAGGCAAGGGAUGGGUUCUACAUCAGCCACAGAGCCCAUAUCCCCCCAGUGGCAAAAACCUUUGCAAAACUUUUAAAGAUAAUGCAUCUGCAUGUGAUUAUCCCCUGUCCCCUAGAGAAAUAUGCUGUAUUUUAACGAGUCUGCCUGUGCUUGUCUUGAUGAUCAGAGCUCAAAGGUGCUACAGGGAUCCUCUCCCAAAUGAUGCUAUGCCAAACAUGAACACACUUCCAUCCUAGACUUUGAAAUCAAGAAAGACGACAUCUCUCAGAAGCUAGCGCCCCAGGCUGAAUGAAUGGCUGGAGGAAAUUGUACGGCAGUGACCGAGUUCAUUCUCACAGGUGUGACAGAUCGUCCGGAGCUGCAGGUCCCCCUCUUUGUGGUGUUCCUAGUGAUCUAUGUUAUCACCCUGGUGUGGAAUCUGGGGAUGAUGGUUUUAAUCAGGAUCGACCCCCGUCUUCACACCCCCAUGUACUUCUUUCUCAAGAAUUUGUCUCUCGUGGAUGCCUGUUACUCCACAGUCAUCACUCCCAAGAUGCUGAUGAGCUUCUUAGCAGAGAGGAAAGCUAUUUCCUAUACAGCGUGCAUCAUCCAAUAUUUUAGCUUCAUAUUGUUGGUCAUCUCUGAGUGCCUUCUGCUGGCAGUAAUGGCAUAUGACCGUUAUGUAGCCAUCUGUAACCCACUGCUGUAUAUGGUCAUCAUGUCACCAAAGCACUGCCUGCAGCUGGUGGCUGGUUCAUAUCUAUGGGCCUUCCUGAACUCCGUGAUACACACGAGCGGUUUGUUAAGAUUAUCCUAUUGCGACUCCAAUAUCCUGAAUCAUUUUUUCUGUGAUAUCAACCCACUUCUAAAGCUCUCCUCUUCUGGCACCUCUAUCAAUCAGCUGCUUGUUUUCCUCUUUGGCAGUCUGAUUGAGGUGAUCAGCAUUGUGACCAUUCUCAUCUCAUACAUCUUAAUUAUUGUGACUGUGCUGCGGAUCCGCUCCACCGAGGGCAGGCGCAAAGCCUUCUACACCUGCACCUCCCACCUGACAGCCGUCUCCAUUUUCCACGGGACAAUUCUCUUCAUGUAUUUCCGACCCAGCACCAGCUACUCAUUGGACACAGACAAAAUGGCCUCCGUGUUCUACACUGUGGUGAUCCCCAUGCUGAACCCCCUCAUCUACAGCUUGAGGAACAAGGAUGUGAAGGAUGCCCUGAGGAGAGCAAUAGAGACAAAAUUGAGGGCCCAUUUUUCCCCAAAGGGUGUCAGAAUAGGACAACCAAAUCCUCCAAUGGCUUCUCUGCACACAUAGGACUUGUCUCCACUAUGGGGUGGAUCAAUGCUGCGGUGAUAAAUCCACCGGGGGACAAUUUAGCAGGUCUAGUGAAGACCCACUGGAUCAACAGACUAUCACUCUGGCAUUGACUCCACCAGAACGAGAUAAGUAAGGGGAGUCUACGGGAGAGUUUCUUCUGUCGACCCAGUGCAAUGUGAACCCCGUGGUAAGUAUAUCAAAGCUAUAUCAACUUGAGUUAUGCAACUAACGUAACUCAAACUGUGUAGCUUAGAUCGACCUGUCCCCGUAGCGUAGACCUGCCCAUUGGCUCUGAUUCAGAAAGUCCUUAAGCACAUGUUUAAGGAUCUCUCCCUUUGACUUCAGUGGGGCUUAAGCACAUGUUUAAAGUUAAACAUGUAUUUAAGUGCUGCUUUGAAGAGAGAUGUGUUCCUGAAUAGAGGCCUUAUGUGCAUAAAAAGGCCAUGUCAGUUAUUAAAUGAUGGCUUG